AGGCUUGAUUUCUUCACUCCAUAAGUGGAGUCUUGAAUGCUCCAUCAGCAAUCAAAUUCCCAACACAUUCCCCUCCUCCGAUCAUCUCCCUUCAUCAGAGCCCUACUUUUUGUCCUCCCAUUUUUCAAACCAUGAUGAAAUUCUGGGGCGUUGAGGUGAAAAAUGGAGGGCCUCUGAAGGUGCAACCUGGUGAUGGUAAGCUUGUGCACCUCUCACAGGCCUGUCUUGGAGAGGUUAAGAAGGACAAAGGAAAUGAUUAUAUUCGUUUAUAUGCUCAGAAGAAUGGUCAGAAGUUCGUCAUAGGAAUGCUUUCCCAUGAAAGACUCCAUAAUUUAAAUCUUGAUCUGAUAUUUGAAGAUGAAUUUGAACUGUCUCAUGAUCUGAAACAAGGAAGUGUACACUUUGCUGGAUAUAAUGUUGACAACUCAAGUUCGGUGGCUGAUGAGGAAGACUCUGAAGAUGAUCUUGAAGAGCCUGUACCUGUUGAUGCCUUGACCAAUGGGAAGCCUGAAGCAACAGACUUGAAGGCUUCUGGUUCCAAAGCUGAUGCUGGUGGGAUAUCUGAGAAGGCAGAAGGUAAGUCAAAGGUGAAGAUUGUGGAACCCAGCAAAGAUGAUGACGACGAGGAUGAUGAAGAUGAAGACGAGGACGAUGAUGAUGACGACUCAGCUGAAGAUGAGGACAUGGCUAGCUCUGAUGAUGGAACUGACGAGGAAGAUGACAGUGACGAGGAUUCUUUGGAAGAGACACCAAAGAAGCCUGAGACAUCCAAAAAGAGACCUGGGGAAUCCACAUCAAAGACUCCUGUUCCUGAGAAAAAGGCAAAAUUUUCUACUCCACAACAGAAAGCUGAUGGCAAGAAGGUCAGUGGCCAUGUCGCUACGCCAUAUCCUGUGAAGCAGACUGGAAAAGGACCUGCUAGUUCUGACAAGCCGACUUCCUCCAAAUCAUUUACCUGCAGUUCUUGUAACAAGUCAUUUGGCUCCGAUCAAGCUGUGCAAGCUCAUUCCAAAGCUAAACAUAGUGGCAAAUGAAAUGAGCUGCACAUUUCUGAGAACAAUUAUUAGUCAUUAGUGAAGUGCGGCUUUAUGGCGUGUCUUUUUGAGAAUCCAACUACAUGUGUACUGAUCCUCCAAGUCUAGUUCUGAGUGUUUUUAGGGCUAGUUUCUUUUGGUAAUUACCUGUAGAAAUCUUGUAGACCUUGCCGUAGAACUAUUUUGGUGGUUUGGUAGACAGGGAAUAUGAUCUUAGAUCUUCUAUUGGGCACAAUUGAAUUACUUUUCACUUUUCAGUA